UGGGAUGGGAUUUGUCCUUUCAAUAGACGUCAAGUAGAUGGUCAGGAGAAUACAGCUCAGCCCGUGACGACUAGUCCAAACCAUCUUACUUUCAGACACAGAAAACAUACCUACCCUGGUCGUUUCUUUACAUCAAACGAGAUUAAGAUGGUUUUAGUUCACGUUUUGCUGAAGUAUAAUCUGAGGUUGCAUAACAGGCAGCCUGAAAUUUAA